CCCCCGCCGCUGCGGCGGGCACUACCGGCGGGCGCUCCCGGGCUGCGGUGGCGCGCGGCGGCGGCGGCGGCGGCAGCUCGUCCCCGGGCAGCACAGAGGCACCCCCGGAGCCGGGCCAGGUGCCUGCCUCGUCCCAGCACGAUGGGGAAGCAGAACAGCAAACUGCGCCCCGAGAUGCUCCAGGACCUGCGGGAAAACACCGAGUUCUCCGACCUGGAGCUGCAGGGCUGGUACAAGGGUUUCCUGAAGGAUUGUCCCUCCGGGAUCCUCAACGUGGAAGAGUUCAAGAAGAUCUACGCCAACUUCUUCCCUUACGGCGACGCCUCCAAGUUUGCCGAGCACGUCUUCCGCACCUUCGACACCAACGGCGACGGCACCAUCGACUUCCGAGAGUUCAUCAUCGCCCUGAGCGUCACCUCCCGCGGGAAGCUGGAGCAGAAGCUCAUGUGGGCCUUCAGCAUGUACGACCUGGACGGCAACGGCUACAUCAGCCGGGAGGAGAUGCUGGAGAUCGUGCAGGCCAUCUACAAAAUGGUCUCCUCGGUGAUGAACAUGCCCGAAGAUGAAUCGACUCCGGAGAAAAGAACGGAAAAAAUCUUCCGCCAGAUGGAUACUAAUAACGAUGGUAAGCUUUCGCUGGAGGAGUUCAUCAAAGGUGCCAAGAGUGACCCGUCCAUCGUGCGCCUGCUGCAGUGUGACCCCAGCGGUGCCGCACAGUUCUGAGCCCCACGGACCCCCACAGCCUUCCCACAGCCCCACACCACCCCCCGACCCUGCGGCUGGCUACUGCCCCCUGCCCGGCCCCUGUGGUCCCCCCACUGCCCGGCCCCCAUGAGGAGAGAGCUGGAGCCCAGCAGAGGCUGCGGCAAGGGGGGACCCGGGGGGGGACGGUCCCCGUGGCCAGGGGGCUCCCACACUGGUUCAACUGGGGGAAGUAUGGAGCAGGGUCUGCCCUGAGCGAGGAUGUUCCCCCCAGCACCAGGGGCUUGGAGAAGGGGACAACCCAGCCUGGUGGGAAAGGUUCAUGGCGAAGCCACCACCGCAUCCCUGGCAGGCGCAGGGACACAGCCCAGGGGACAAAGACACGGUGGCUUGGGGACCCCCAGCACCCCCCAUGCAUGCAGACAUGGCCAUGGGGCCGAGCCAGCCCCUUCCCCACAGCCAGCACAAGGGCAGGGGCUGCGGGGAGGGGACACACUUCUCGUCUUUUAAUACCUACAGAAUAAAGUUUGUGCCAGUGCA